AUGUUUCGAACUCUAAGAAACGCGGAGAAUGAGCGUCAGACAAAAUUGGAGAAGGAAAGAAUCAAAGGUUACGUUCACUUGACGCAUAGAUCAGUAAAGGAGAUUAAGUAUGAAGCUGAUUUUGAAGUACCAGCAAAUUUUGGUGAGAUUGGUGCUGUUCUUGUGGAAAAUGAGCAUAAAAGAGAAUCAUUUAUGAAAGAAAUUGUUCUAGAUGGCUUUCUCACUGGUCCUAUUAAAUUUUCUUGUGAUUCUUGGGUUCAUUCCAAGUUUGACAACCCUGAUUUGAGAGUAUUUUUCUCCAACAAGUGCUAUUUGCCAUUUGAAACACCGGAAGGAUUGAAAAGGUUAAGAGAAGGCGAACUGGUAGCCUUACGAGGCAACGGACAAGGCGAACGAAAGGUUUUUGAACGUAUAUAUGACUACGAUGUGUACAAUGAUCUCGGAAAUCCAGACAAGGAUCCUGGUCUCAAGAGAUCUGUUCUUGGUGGCAAAGAACAUCCGUACCCGAGACGCUGUAGAACUGGAAGGCCUCGUUGCACUAAAGAUCCCUUGUCUGAGAAGCCAAGUGACAAAGUCUAUGUUCCACGAGACGAAAGCUUCUCUGAUGUAAAGCAAGCUACAUUUUCUGUAAAUACGUUAAAGUCGGCUCUCCACGCGCUUGUGCCUGUUUUAAGAACAUCUGUAGUUGACAAGAAUCUUGGAUUCCCUAUUUUCUCAGCCAUAGAUGAUCUUUUCAAUGAAGGAUAUAACUUGCCUUCUCAACAACAAAAGGAUUUGAAGACUAUUUUGCCAAGGUUGGUUAAGCUUGUUCAAGAUAUAAUGGAAGAAGAAGAAACUUACCAAGAUGGACAAGAUGAACAGAUAACGGCGGCGACGACUGAAGAAGACGGAACGAACGGCGGCGACGACUGA